GCCCCCGGGCCCCUCCGGGCCCCCCCGGGCCCCGCCGGGCCUCACCGGGCCCCAUCACUUGGGUCCCGCCGCUGCACGGAGAGCGACACGGCCGGUCAAACAGCGGCGUGCAGUCGGGGAGAGUGUACGCGAGUGCGAUACUACCGCGUGUGUGUGUGUGUGUGUGUGUGAGCGGGCGAAGGAGUUUGUUCAGCCUGCCCUGCUGUGUUUAUUCCAUGAGUGUGUGAGUGUGUGUGUCGCCGUCUGCAACUUCUUCAACUCCGACAUCCUCACAGUCAUCCCGGUGUAUAACAUCCCGAGAGGGCAGCUGCACGCCACAGGAGAUCUGUGAACAGGGAAGCGCCGCCACCGAACAGGAUGCGAAUCGCGGUGCUGGUGGCCUGCCUGGCCCUGGUGGCCGCCGCCGCCGCCGUCACGACGGCCGACCCCGCGGCCGACGCCGAGGUGAAGGCCCCCGCCGAGCCUGCCGAGCCCCACCGCGGUCAACCCGACGAGCCGCGCAGCCGGCCGCAGCGCUGGGUCGUGUUCAGGCCCAUGUUCGCGACACGCGGCCGUCAGCGGCAGCUCAACCGGGCCUGGAAGGUCCACGAGCUCCGGCGCCAGUCCCGGCCACGCGGCCAGCGCCACCGCCGAGCGCUGCACUUCCCGACGGGCGGAGCGAGUAGCGGUGACGAGUCCGGGCUGGCGCUCCGGGUAGCCGUCAACGACCUGCUGUUCCAGUCCGCGCCCGCCAACGACCUGCCCGAGGCGACGGCGCGCGUCGUGGCGCCGGGCGCGCCGGGCGGCGCCGGCCUGCGGCCCAUGCUGCUGGCGCGGCUGCGCGGCGCGAGCCGGGUGCGCGAGCCCGCCGCCGAGGAGGAGGCGUUCCUGCUCAUGUCCGCGGCCGGGGGCCGGCCCGCCAUCGUGCCCGCGCCCACGACCCGGCCGCGCUACCAGGCGCCCGCCGCCCACAAGAAGCAGGCCCACCACAAGCACAAGCCGCGCAAGGGCGACAAGCAGCGCAGGCGCGUGGUCCGCGACACGAGCGUCGUCGCGGCCCUGGGCCAGCGGCUCGACGCCGCCAUGGCGGGCAGCGUCCAGGAGCGCGGCGCCAUCGCCGAGCGCGUCAAGAAGUACGACGCGCAGGGCAUGUACCCGGCCUACUCGUACACCAACGGCCGCUACACGCGCGCGGCGGCCGCGGCCGCGGCGGCGCCCGCCAGGGACGGCGUCAAGGUCAUGAAGGUCAAGGUGCAGGGCGCGGUCGACGACGAGGACGAGGAGGAGGAAGGCAUGGAGGCGGCCGAGACCAUCGUGUUCCGCCCGCUGUUCGUGCACCGCGACAGGCAGGCCGUCAAGCAGGACGCCAGGAGGCGGCGCCUCGGCUUCGCCAAGAAGUCCACCAAGCCGGCGGCCAAGCCGCUGAGGAGGCGCCCCGCGGCCGCGGCCGCACCGACCGCCGCCACCGCGCUCCCCGUCAAGAGGCCGUCCGCCGCGGCCGCCUACUUCCACCGCAGGACGUACCUCAAGUACCCGCCGCGCUACCAGUACUCGCCCUACAGGAGGGUCGUCUACUACAACUGAGGGCGACGAAGAGAGCGGAAAAUGAGAGACAGUCUUGAGGACUGUCUGAAAAAAAAAGAGAGACAGCACGCCGAAAACGUCGACCCCGUGAGCCCGCUGGACGCUGCGCAUCCUGGAGAUGAGCUCGGCGGCGAGGGCUUCUCGUCCCCAUUCGCGAGGUCGUGCCGCACCACCAGGCAGUGCAGCGCCCCAGCGGGAGAGCAAGUGCUGACGAAAGCGUGGAGAGGGAAAGGUGCAGGUCUUGUGCGGUGAGCGAAUUAGAGAAGGCGGCGAGCGAGAAAGACAGACAGACAGAGAGAGAGGUAAAUGGUGAGAAGGCGAGGCUCCAGAGAAUGAGAGAGAAAGGGAGACAGAGAGCGAGAGGAGAGAGACAGAGGUAAAGUCGUGCGGCGACCGCAUCGCCGCCGGGCGUUGGCGGUCCGUGGAAGAGGAAGUUCGCGCGCAAACAGUUUACAGUUCCUAGUCAAGUCACACGUGUUUUCGACUUAUCUCGAAGUACUUACGUGACAGUAGAGCGGUGCACUGGAUAAGACAAAGAUAGGGGGCUUGGUACAUGGUGAAGGUGAUGAACUUGAGUGCCUGUAUAAAUCGCGAAAACCGAUUCAAGCGCCCCAAAUGCACUUUGAGAGCGUUCCAGUGCCCAGAGGCGCUAAAAUUUUAAAUCUGAGUGGCAUAUUCCAGCCUCUUCCUAAACUGAAAUUGAAAUUAUAAGCACUUCUAGAAUGGUAUGCGAAGUUCAACAUUCGGAUCCAAAUAAUCGAGAAGUAGAUAAACUUGAUUACGUAAGUUAUUGUGAUAUUCUCUAGUGUUUUGUUUCUA